ACCAAGUCAUCCCACAUUCUCCUCUCCCUCUCUUCACCACCAGCACUUGUCCAAUUACUAAAACACCCUCCCCUCCCCCCCACCAUGGCAUCAAACUCUUGCGGGAACCACACUAGGUACCAUGGAAUCCGGUGCCGGGGCGGAAAAUGGGUGUCCGAAAUCCGUGAGCCACGUAAGACUAGGCGGAUAUGGCUCGGGACCUACCCAAUCCCGGAGAUGGCAGCGGCCGCCUAUGACGUGGCCGCGCUCGCUCUCAAAGGCAGUGAUGCUGUUCUAAACUUUCCGAGCUCCAUUGCCUCGUAUCCAGUGCCAGCAUCCAAGUCACCGGAGGACAUUCGCAGUGCCGCUGCUGCUGCUGCUUCUGUUGCUGCUGCACUACAGUCGAAUGAGGAGGCCAAUAACAGCCUGGAGCUCAAGGAGAGGCAGAAGAAGCAAGAGGACGACAUGACGACGAUGAUGAAUAGUACUAGUUUGGCGUCGUCUGUGGGAAUGUACGAAGAAGAGCUUUUCGGGAUGCCAAAUUUGCUGGCCGAGAUGGCAGAGGGAAUGCUGUUGUCUCCGCCGAGACCGCCUGAUUAUCCCGAAUCGGGCAAUUCAGACGGAGGAGAAAUUGAUUUUUUCUGGCCAUAUAUAUGGUUGCGAUCAAACCAAUGGAGUGUGCCUUUACAGAGAGACAGAGGAUGCAAGUUUGUAAGCGACAUACUGACUUAUAUAAGACAAAAAAAAGAAAAGAAAUUAUGGGCUGAUGAUGUGAAACUAUCGAUUUAG